CCAUCAUCAUCAUCAUCGCACGGAAAUCAACCAUCGAACCUUCAUCCUCCAUCGAACAACCAACGUACCUACUACCAUGCCGUCCAAGCUAUAAUCUCCUCUCCUCCAUCCACGAACCAAACCUUCUCCAGACCAACGCUCCUUCAUCCCACAUAACCCCGCCGCCUCCUCUCUCAGGUCGGGACAUCUGCCCCACCUCUUCUCUGCCCCAUGUUAGGCGGCGACAUCAAGAAGAUGGCCGCGACGCUACUACAUCACCACCGGUCGACGCCCGCCGGCACCCCCGCCGUGGAUCCUGAUGUCGUCGAACAGGAGAAGAAAUUCGUCGCGGCGUUCAGCGACCAGACACACGUGUUGCCGCCUGAUGAGAUACAGCAGGAUCCGAGGAAUAAGGAGUUGGGUGGGAAGUCGAGAGGGUUGUCGGUUAGGGAUUUUGAACUGGUGAGGACGUUGGGGACUGGGACCUUUGCUAGGGUGUGGCUUGUACGGCUUGCAAGCCCGCCGGAAGAGGAGGACCGCGAUAAAGUCUUUGCUUUGAAAGUCUUGCGCAAGGCUGAGAUUAUCAAGCUCAAGCAGGUUGAUCAUGUCAACCAGGAACGACAAGUUCUGGCGGAUGUUGCGGGUCACCCUUUUAUUACCACCUUAAUUACUACCUUCUCAGACCAUGAUUCAUUGUAUAUGCUUCUCGAUUACUGCCCUGGAGGCGAAGUAUUCUCCUACCUCCGCCGAGCAAAGCGCUUCGACGAGAACACCGCCCGCUUCUACGCCGCCGAGAUCGUGCUCGUCCUCGAGUUCCUGCACGAGCGGGAAGGCGUGGCGUACCGAGACCUGAAGCCGGAGAACUUACUGCUGGACGCGGAAGGACAUAUCAAGUUGGUGGAUUUCGGGUUCGCGAAAAGACUUGGUAACAGUAAGGCAACCUUUUCUCUCCUCCGCAAGUUCAGGAGGCCGAAGAGCGUCCGUGGUGGUCUUAGUGUCUUUGGUAUUGACGAUGCGGCACUUAUCGAUCAUGAUAUUGACCAUGACAAAGGGGAAACUUACACGCUGUGCGGCACCCCCGAGUAUCUGGCUCCGGAGGUCAUCCAGAGCAAGGGCCACACGACCGCGGUCGAUUGGUGGGCGCUGGGCAUCUUGAUCUAUGAGUUUCUGACGGGCUAUCCCCCGUUUUGGAGUGCGAGCCCUAUUGAGAUAUAUAAACAGAUUGUAUCAAAACCCGUCUCGUUCCCCUCCGAACCGGCCAUCUCACCUGAGGCGAAAGACAUCAUCCGCCAAUUCUGCACCGUCGACCGAUCACGUCGACUCGGCAACAUCUCCGGCCGAGCACAACGAGUCAAGGAGCAUCCGUUCUUCCGCGGCAUCCAGUGGGAUGACGUCUACUACCGUCGAUGCCGCGGGCCCAUCAUCCCACCUAUACGAUUCAAAGGCGACGCUCAAUGCUUCGAUAUCUAUCCAGACGAGAAGUUGGGCCGCGAUCUGUACACGGACGAUCUGAGGGCGAAGUGGGAGGACAAGUUCAAGGAUUUCUGAGGUCGGUGUCGGGAAUCGGUUCUUCUGGUACAGACGGUUUCUUGUAGAGACGGCGUGGGGAGACAGGUUGGGAAUCGGGGUGGGGGUUGAAUGGGCUGCCACCAUGGUUUCGGCGUUUUCGGGACAUGGGCAGAUAGAUACCCAGUAUCUUUUCAGGACAAACAUUUGGAUAUGAUGUUGGAUUGGGCAGGCAUACAG